AUCAACUCAGCCCCAAUGCAAUUCCCCACCAUCUCUUUCACUCGCCUCGCUCUUGUAGUUACUGCCCUGGCAGUCGGCGCCAACGCUGCCGCGGUCGAGAACCGCAUGGGUAAAUGUGUCUGGAACGAGGUUGAACAGGCCUGGAUUUGCUAGACAGGACAUUCCCAGGUCGAAGUCGAUUCUUCACCGCAGUCCAUGGUCAUACAAUAAUUGUACCUCUGCUGCCAUCAAUUUCGCGAUGCCGUCUCUGCCCACUCGUCUGUCGAGUACUCCGUGUCCAUCGUAUAUGCUGCAUGACGGGGACCCAACGUCGAGAUGACAGGCAAGUCGGUUUCCCUUGCCCCCGACGACGAUCGGGUGGCGAGCGAAUGGCGGCCUGGCCAGCGCUGGGACUGAUCCCGUCGACGGCCGGAUUCGUGCAGAUUGAACAUCAGUCGGGAGAUCAUCACGGAGGACGUUCUGUCUAUAUGUGAGCGGCGGUGCUUCACGGAUCUCAAGUAGUGGGACUCGCUCCACGCACAUGCUCGUCACGUUUGUGGCACUCCCGCGAAUGAAGGGCUGGUUACAAUAGACAAUUGAGAUCACACAUUGCGGGAGGGCGGAUGGCUUACGCUGCCCAUCUGUGCGGAGAAGAAUCAGCACAUCUAAUGCAGAUGCCGAUCAUGGAAAACUCAACAGUGUAUGUUCCGAUAUUGAUCGCAUUCGCGACUAGUAUCAGCC